CUGAGCCCCUCCAGCCUCUGUCCCAUCUGUCAUCCGGUUGCCUCCCGCACUCCCUUACCUUCUUGGAGGAGCCCGUGCUCCCGUCCGCUCGUGGGGUUAAUCAAUCGAGUCAGACGCUUUUAGAAUUUCGGUCCGUGAGGCAUGAGUGGCAGUUCGAAUCAGUCAACCCGUACGAGUCCAGGCUCCUACAGCACUACUCAGCGCACGCCCUCGGUCUCUUCGGGCGCGUCGCCUACCCACCAGCCGCUUUCGGCCUCUCAAGCGCCCGCGACGGCCCAGAAUGCGAUGUCGACCGACGUGUACAAUACGCCCGCAUCGCAGGCACCAACUUCGUUAGGUCCUUCGUUUACCUACCCUUUCUCCCCUAUCGGCCCCUCUUCCACUUUUGACAACGUUUCCUCAUCUGCUAUGCGUCUGGGCGACUCGGAUCGGUCGGCGCAGGGCCUGAAUGGCUUUAUCCGACCGACAAAUGGAACAGGUGGCGGCGCAAUCCUUAUGCGCAAACUACCGCGCAACACCAGUCGCGAUGCUCUGCGCAGCAUGCUCCUCUUUGCCAAAGAUUUUGUGGAUGCCGACUUCGUGCCUUCCGACGCUCCGGAGGACAACGGAUACUUGUGUGCGGUCGCGCGCUUCAGCACCCUGGCUGCUGCGGAAGAGGCACGAGCACUUCUCGACGGCAAACCGAAUUCGAAGAACGACGCCACCAUGAUUGUGGAAAUGUUUUACGGCUCAGUUGGUUCCUCCUUGGUGCCCAGACGAAACACGAUUGACCACACCGCGACUCGGGGCUUACUGGGACAUGUUAAUGGAGGUUUACCGCGACAGUCGUCGCGCUUCAACGGGACUUUCCAGACUUUGGAGAAGCUAAACGCGACCACUGCUACCUCUGGUGAUACCCUGCCCCCAUCUGAACCUGGCUCCCGUCUCCAUAGUCUCUUCUCCCCCCAGUCCCCGAUCGGCAACGGCGUUCCCGAGCUCCCGCGAGUCAGUGGCAAAUCGAUGAUUGAUCAGGAUAUUGAUGAAGACACUGGAGAGCUGCUCAAGGAUCCCGUGGGCUAUGCCGAAAACGGGCAUUCGUCUUCUGUCUCUGUCCCUCGACGUUCCACGAACCCUCAGAUUUUAGGUAACCAGUUUGCCAACAUGUCUUUGGCUGGCAAUCUCAAUUCCCCUCCACUACCGAAUUACAACCAAGGAGGAAACGCGCACGUCGGCGUUCCAAACCCUCCAUCGACCUUUCCCCAACCGAUGAACAAUAACAUCGGGACGGGCCAUGUGUUCCCUUAUGGUAAUCCGCAUGUACCUCGUCAUAGUCUCCCUGCAGCCAAUCCGAACGACAUGAACCCUCCGUGCAAUACAUUAUACGUGGGGAACUUACCCCCCGAUACCUCCGAGGAAGAGCUGAAGGCUCUGUUCUCUAAGCAGCGUGGAUACAAGCGUUUGUGCUUUCGAAACAAACAGAAUGGGCCGAUGUGCUUCGUGGAAUUUGACGACGUGGGCACCGCUGGCAAAGCCCUGAACGAGUUGUAUGGCGUGAAGUUGUCCAACAGCAUCAAGACCGGCAUCCGUCUAAGCUUCUCGAAGAACCCUCUCGGGGUCCGAUCAGGACAGCCCGGCUCCAUGAGCGCGUCUAAUGCCAUGGCCUCUCAAGGUGGUGUGCCUGGGGGUAGUAGUCUCGGUGGAAUGCAUAACCACAUGUUUUCGACGGUCAGUGGACCGCCACCGGGCCUGUCUGCGCCUCCAGGCUUGGUCCCGCCCGUGGCAGUUAGGAACAACGGUGCCAUGCAUCCCUCCGGGAGUCCAAAUGCACCAUUGCCCAACAACGGUACUUUCAAUGCCAAUUCGGGACUUGGAAUUCGGACAAAUCCGAUGAACGCAAUGGUGUCCCCGCCACCUCAGCUCACCGGCGGAGCUUCGGGACCCAAUGUGGGUGGCUACAAUUCCUACUAUCCGGAUUAUAUGAUGGGUCGGUAGGAAGGUGCACGUUUCUGUGGAGAUAAUGUCCGACAUGCUUGAUGAUCACUGGGCUACCUGGCGCAUUGGGGGUUGUUAUUGUUUCUAUUUCAUGAGCUAGAUCAGCAUUUGGAGGCUCGCCUUCCUCCUGGGAGUAAGGACCACGGGGCUC